GUGUUUAGUUCAUAUAACAACUUAGCAAGCUAGGUGUCAUUCAUCUUGAUUUUGCACAUAACUAACUGCUCACUGUUGUAAACUGAACGCGAGCCUGGGAAUCUCGUCCAGCGAGACGGUCCCAAACCUGGAAGAGAGCGUGCACCGGAAAAAAGGAGAUAGAAAAGAGCGAGGUCUGGGCUGCUUUGCAGAUGCCGCCGCCGCCGCCUGGAGCCUUGUUGUAGCAGCCAUGGUCAACCCCACCAUGUUCUUCGACAUUGCCGUCGACGGCGAGCCCUUGGGCCGCGUCUCCUUCGAGCUGUUUGCAGACAAGGUUCCAAAGACAGCAGAAAACUUCUGUGCUCUGAGCACUGGAGAGAAAGGAUUUGGUUAUAAGGGUUCCUGCUUUCACAGAAUUAUUCCAGGGUUUAUGUGUCAGGGUGGUGACUUCACGCGCCAUAAUGGCACUGGUGGCAAGUCCAUCUACGGGGAGAAAUUUGAUGACGAGAACUUCAUCCUAAAGCAUACAGGUCCUGGCAUCUUGUCCAUGGCAAAUGCUGGACCCAACACAAACAGUUCCCAGUUUUUCAUCUGCACUGUCAAGACUGAGUGGUUGGAUGGCAAGCAUGUGGUCUUUGGCAAGGUGAAAGAAGGCAUGAAUAUUGUGGAGGCCAUGGAGCGCUUUGGGUCCAGGAAUGGCAAGACCAGCAAGAAGAUCACCAUUGCUGACUGUGGGCAACUUUAAUAAGUUUGACUUGUGUUUUAUCUUAACCACCAGACCAUUCCUUCUGUAGCUCAGGAGAGGGCCCUCCACCCCAUGUGCUCGCAGUAUCCUAAAAUCUGUGCUCUCGCUGCAGUUCCCUUUGGGUUCCAUGUUUUCCUUGUUCUCUUCCAUGCCUAGCUGGAUUGCAGAGUUAAGUUUAUGAUUAUGAAAUAAAGACGAAAUAACAAACAAAAAAAAAAAAGAGCGAGGUCUGGAGGGCUACACACGCUACGCUCAUGCAGCAAUUUUAUUUGCAAUAUGUUCCAUUAUAUACUUUUCUGAAGUUAAUGUUGUUUAUGCCAGAUCAGCAUACUUAAGUUACAGUAAGCAAGUUAGGCCCACUAAGUUACGCCCAGUGAGUCAGUUACGCCCAGUAAGUUAAGGUAAGUAAGUUAAGCCCAGCAAGUAAGUUACGCCCAGUAAGUACUUAACAAUUGUAAAUACUUAAUUAAGCAAGUUACAGU